AUGACCUCUCAAAAAAAUGGAGUCGACCCUCAAGGUCAUAGUACCGACAUGCUGAAGGACGACAGCUUUACCACUCUUGCAAGAGCGAGCAAUAACCGAAAGAAAGCGGAGCAGCUAUCAAACGAGUUGGAAGAUGAAGAAAUUACACGUCUAUUUACCCCGAGCACCAAACGUCAAAUUUCCUUCGGAGGUGCAGCUGCCAUCGCGCUCUUGACAGCCAUGCUUGCUCCAUGGUUCUUUAUCCCGAGCUACUCUCUUCACGACUCACCCCUGAGCUUGGGCAGCUUGUCAGACGCCUUCGCUUCUCACAUGUUCAAUUUCGCUCCUCGGUUCUCCGCCCUGGAGGAGGCAUUGGAGAGCCUGGAAUUACAGGUUUCUCAUCUGGAAACGCAUUGCAUCUCCACUAGCUCUGUGGAUAAGCACGUUCGUCAAGCAUUGGACCGGCAUUCCCUUGCCUAUCUUGGCCGAAGAGAUUACGCGUUGGCAUCCCAUGGCGGUAGGAUCAACUAUGAUCUUACCAGCCAGCCUUCUAGAACCACCCUCUGGCAUAUCCCCCUCCUAUCGAGCCCGCAGCCUACACCUUCCCCCGAGCUUGCUAUCGAUGCAGACAACGACCUUGGUUCCUGUUGGCUUUUGGAAGCGACCUCCGGUCAACUUGGGAUUACCCUUGCGCAACGGCUUAAGGUGUCCCAUAUCACACUCGAGCAUGUACCACGUCAGGUUUCAGAUAUGAGGCUUGCACCCCGUCAGCUAUUGAUAUGGGGGAUGGUAGACGACGAGUCUGCCAUUCAUCGAAUCCAGGAGGCUUCCAUCAAUUACCCUUCUUCGUUAACCAACCAACUCCAAACCAACCCUUCUCCGCGAAUUUCGGCAAGCCAAAUUUUUGUUCCCUUGGUUUUGAUCGAAUAUGACAUACUUUCCGACGAUUUGAUACAAUCCUUCUCUGUUAUAGAGGACUUUACAUUACUGGACGUCGCUUUUGAGACCAUGGUAGUAGAUAUCUUAGAUAACUAUGGUGGGGAGGAAACUUGCUUGUAUCGUGUUCGCAUACAUGGUGAAGAAGCUUAG